GUGAGAGAGAAUCAUCACUAAAAUAUAAGUUUUACAAUGGAAUAGAGAAAUAAAAUAAAAUAUAAAAAUAUUUUUCAUACAUACAUGCACACCAAGUAAAGUAGAGAAUGCCACAACAACAAAACUAGGCAAAAUUUUUUUACCUCAUUUUCUCUUUGGAUAUUCUCUUUUAAAUUGCAUUAUGACCGGCUGUUACAUGUGCUUGUGAUAGUUUUUUUAAUAGAGCAUUUCAUUGCCAUUGAUUUUUGAUAGUUUUAUUAUCAUUUAAGGAUUUAAAGUGCACGACUUGUUUUGAAAGUAUUGUGACUAAGCUCGGUAGCUAUGAAAGUGCAUUCUUGAACAAUCUUCAGAGCUAACUUGCUAAUCCCUUAAUAGAGAACUAAUGCGCAUUACACCCUCGAUCAUUAACAUACCUUGCCCAAACAUACUUUAUUUUUGUUGUACUUACGUAUUUCGUACGGUGUGGAAGAGAAAAAAAAAUUCAUUCAGUUUGAAACCACUUCAGUUGUAUUUGAGGUCGCGAACAGUUACAUUCUACUAUCGAGCUUUCGCAGUAUUUUUUCCAUAUUUUUAUUUAUAUUUAUCUCCUUCGUCUAUUGUUGAUUAUAUUUUUUAUUUGUUAGAAAUCUUUGUGUGUAAAACAAAGUCGCGAAGGCAUAUCAGAUGUAAAAAAUUUGAUAUUCUAAUGAAAUUAUCGUGAAAAAAAAAAUAAAAUAAAAUAUUUUGGCAGACAGAAACUAGAACUGAGAAUGAAAGGUUAAGCGAUUCAUUGUAACUAUGGAUAAUGGGAAAAUGUUUGAUUAUCCACCAAAAUGUCCGGGAAUGUUGACAUCUAAAUUAUCCAGUAUUUUUGGAUGGCGACAUACAUAUCGCGUGCAUCAUAGACAAAAGGGUCUAAAUCAUUACUAUAAUAAUAAUAACAAUAAUUUACAUAAGACGUACUCACUUAAUUUACCACCAAAGAAAAUUCAUGAAACAUCAGUAUCAAAUCCAUCGCUUCCAGAGGCUUCAUCAUCAUCAUCUUCAUCGAAAACGAAUCCAGACUCAUGGGUAGUUGUACAUCAUUUACAGUCACAAUCAGGAAUACUUGAUCCAGAUGAUCAUGUACACGACGUAGCAGAUGAUAGAGAACAAAUUUUAGCUAGUUAUGAUGAUCAUCUGGGUCCUGAUCCAGGUGUUCCUCAAGGAGGAGGUGAUGGAGCUAGCGGAAGUAGCGUAGGAACUGGCAGUCCUGAUAUUUUUCGUAUUCAGGAUGGAAAAUAUACAAAUCAUCAUCAAAAUGAGAGUAUCUCAACACAUAUAGACGUAACAGAAACAGAUCAACCACCGAAUGGUCUAACGUUGCAAGUCAGACGUGGAAGUGAACCGUCAUUGCUAACUUUAGAUCAGAAUGCAAAAUUAUAUGCAUCAGAUAAUUCUCAAGAACCUUCAAAACGUUGGUCAGCAGCUCCAGUUUGUCGUGAUGAACCUGAACGAGUACUUGCCAUGACAAAUGGAACAUAUUUAUCUCCAAAGUGGACAGUGCCAGAAGAAGAUAUUUCAAAUGAAAUGAUGCCAUCAACAUUCACACGCUCGGGACGAUUGUCAAUGCAGUUUUUAGGCGAUGGUGCAAACUAUCGUUGGAUUGAGGCUGCAGAAAAGGCAGCACACAAUCACAGCAACAGUAAUAAUAAUAGUAGUAAUAAUGAAAAUAAUUCAUACCAUUCAAAAUCUUUGCCGCGUGAUGCAAAGCAACGAAAGGAGCCGCUCGGUCAAGCUAAUGUUUCAACAUAUGAGUCAAUCCGACAGAAAAAUGGAGAAAUGCUUCUCGUUACAAAUGAAGCUGGUGGUCCGCUGGGAUUAACGGCGAUACCAGAUCAAGAAAAUGGUGGACUUCUCGUUCAAUCUGUUGAACCAGAAAGUCGUGCCGAAAAAGGGAGAUUACGACGUGGCGAUAGAAUUUUAGAGAUUAACGGAGUUAACUUAUUGGAAUUGUCUGAGAUAGCAGUGCAAGAUCAUUUAAGAAAAUGUAUAACUUCGUCAGAGCUGCGAUUACGUGUAAUAAGAGCGAGAUCAGACACAAAAGAUCGGAGUAAAAUUGAGAUGUUUGAAGCUGAAGAGAAAUCAGCAGUUGCAAAUAGUAAAGUAGCUCAUGUUUCACCGACUAGAAAGCCUGGAUCAAAUGCAACAACUACGUUGCAAGCUGCAAACACAAGAAAACUUGGAAAGAGAAUUGAAAUAUCUUUAAAGAAAGGUACACAUGGUCUUGGCUUUAGUGUAACAACACGUGAUAAUCAAGCUGGUGGCCAUUGUCCAAUUUAUAUUAAAAACAUUCUUCCAAAAGGUGCUGCCAUUGAGGAUGGACGAUUAAAACCUGGUGAUCGUUUACUUGAAGUUGAUAAUGUACUAAUGACUGGAAAAUCUCAAGCAGAAGUUGUCAAUAUACUCAGAGCAACUCAACCUGGUGCAACAGUCAAAAUAGUUGUGUCUCGACAGAAUGAAAUUGCAGAAUUGGAUGAACGUGAAAUUGGCGGUGUAAUGACAGAACAACAGAAAAGCACAACAUUACCAAAACAACCACCACCACCUAUUCUUCCCAAAAAUGUCAUUAAAUCACCAUCAGCACCAAACAUUUGUGAUGUUAUCGAAAAGAAAGUCGAGUCUAAAGAUGACCCAAAUGAUAGUGUUAAGAUGAAAAUUAGGAAGUUUAACUCGUCUACACCAGAGACAUCGAAUGAAUAUCAAAAUGCAAAUAUCUUCCCUUGGCGUAAUCGUGAAAUUCUCACAUUCCAUAUUCCAGUACAUGAUACAGAAAAGGCUGGUUUAGGAGUAAGUGUAAAAGGAAAGACUGGAUCGGCACAUCCAUCAAUUUCCAAGCAUGAUGGUGAUCUAGGAAUAUUUAUUAAGAGUGUCUUGCAUGGCGGUGCUGCAAGUCGAGAUGGGCGUUUAAAAAUGAAUGAUCAAUUACUUAGUGUUAAUGGAAUUUCCUUAUUAGGACAGUCAAACGCAGACGCUAUGGAUACAUUAAGACGUGCUAUGCUUCAAACUGGUGGCAAAUAUCCUGGUGUUAUUGUACUCAAAAUAGCAAGACGAGCAUCAUCACGACCUGGCAGUACAAUUGAGAAUGGAGAUCAAAACGUUGUUGAUAGUAGUGGAAAUGGAAGUGAGCAGUCUGGAUCAACUGUCAUAUAUUUAUCACCAAAUGAGAAAAAUGCUUUAAAUAUUCAAAACUGUUCCAGUCCAAUUACACCACCGCAAGAAAAUGGAAAGAGAUGGAGUAAUCCAGUCCUUGAUCGAUUGACAGGAGGAACAGGAAAUAAUCGAGUACCAUCCACACUUAUUCAAAUGCCACCAAAUCUAAGAAAUGAUAGUUAUUAUAUGGCAACAAAUGAAAAUUGGAGUCCAGUUGUAAAUCUCAAUGGAAGUAAUGGUGUUUUAAUUGAAGAAGAUCCAGAACCAACUUCACCAAUUCUUCCCAUUCGACCAGAUAUUCAGCAUCAAAUUUCAGCGUCAACGCCAACUAGUGUAGGUGAUAUUACAUAUGCAAGUCAAUUAUCAUUAGAAAAUCCAGUCGAUGCAUUUAGUCGAGAUGCAAUUGGAAGACGAAGUAUGUCAGAGAAACAUCAUGCAGCAUUAGAUGCUAAAGAGACUGGAACAUAUCAACGAAAUAGAAAAAUUCGUGAGGAACGUGAGCAACGUGGAAAGAGUGUAUCGAAGAAUGGUUCACAGCUUCACAGUUCGAUUGAAUCUCUAACAAAUAUGAAUCGUAUUGGAAGCAUGAAGACACGACAAACGUCAGAUAUGAAAUCUGAAGCAAUGGACAAAGUUGGUGAUCUUGGUCCUUCGUUAGGUAUGAAAAAGUCAUCGAGUCUCGAAUCAUUACAAACUAUGGUGCAAGAGAUUCAAAUGUCAGACGAGCCACGAGGUCCAUCAGCAUUAAGAGCACCGAGAGGUCGUGGAAGGGAAGAAGUUCUUCGUGCUGCUGUAGAAAGACCAGAGUCACGUGAGUAUAAUUGUUUAAUUGACAUUUAUGGAUAUUUAAUAAAUAAUUAUUUAAUUAAAUUAGAGCCUCGCAAACAUUGGCUUCUUGAAGAUGGAAUGAAUAUUAAUGACCAUGACGGUGGAUUUGGUAACCGUGGUACUCUUCAAUCAUCAACAAAUGAAGGAAAAAUGAAAGAUCAGAAGAAACCUGGAUUUCUCAAAGGCAUUGGUCACAUGUUUAGAUUUGGAAAACAUAGGAAAGAUGUUUAUCCAGCACAAACAGAAGUUAUUACAGAUUAUACUAGCUGGUCAAAUGAUGUAUCCCAAAAGAGUGCUACUCUUGGGCCAUCGACAAUUUCUUCACCUUCUGUAAACUCAAACACUUCACAAUUACAAAAUCAAAGUUCGGCUCAGCAACAACAGCAAUUACAGAAUUCGCAAAGUCAUAAUCAUCAACAGAGAGAGCCGAGUCACGAAAGACAAUUAUCAUCGAAUUCUAAUGGUCCGCCAUCCUAUCAUGCACCUCCAACUUCAAUGUUAAAUGGACACCCAAACAGUAAAAUAACACAGAACGAUCUUUUCAAUCAUAGAUAUUCUCACUAUGUGAAUUAUGAUGAGCUUCAAUUACAAAUUAGUGAAAAUCCCCCGUCUCGAAACUCUAGAAAUAAGUUGAUAGUAAGUAAACACCAAACAAAUCAUCAACAUCAGGCGAAAAAUUCAAAUGCAUAUCUCGGCGAUGAGCUUUCGAGCUCGUCUGGUCAUCAAUCGACUGAUGGUGAGAAUGCAAAUGAUUUUUUGACUGAUACGACAAUUGAAAAAAUGCGACUGCAAGUGAGAAUUCAAAGGGAAAAGGUGGAAGAGAGUCGACGAAAUCAGCACUACCACUCACAACGAUCAGCACGCAAUGUUGACUUAGGACAUUACCAUCAAUUUAACGGAGUAUCUCCGAUAAUUAAUGGUCACAAAUAUCCACAACAGUCACCGCAACAGCAGCAGCAGCAACAAACACAAUCAAUGCAUCACAUGCGACCAAUAUCCAGUUAUUAUGAAUAUGAGACAAUUAAUCCAAAUGGACAUUACAGGAAGCUUGGUGAGCAUCCAUUUCCAUUGCAAAAUAGUAACAGUAGCAGUAAGAUAAUUAAUGGAUCAAGUUCGGUGAGAAUUACCGGAAGUUCAGUUCGAGGACCUAUACCAGAGCAAAUGAAGCAACAUCGCGGACCAUUUAUCACGCAGGUUCAUAUUCGUGAUCAGAAUGGCAAACAUCAUCCGUCAGCUAGCAAAGUUUGAUUGUUUUUAAAUGGAGAUGAAAAUAUACUUAUGAGGACAGACUGGAAAUUUAAUUUAUCCUACUUAACAUUACGUUACCGAGCAGUUCAUGCUACUCGGAAUAAUUAAAUAAUUAAUUAAACUUACAAUAAUAUUUUUAAAAUAUAAAAAAAGUAUUUUAAUUUAACUUUUUGUAAAUUAUCUUUCAUUUCAUUAAUUGAAAUCCCUUAAAAAAUACAUAAUGAUUUUUUGAUUACAUUAAAAAACAUAAUCUGUGAUGUGAUUAAGAAAAGAAUUUGAAUUAUUUACUACAUAUUGUCAAAAUUUGACAAGAAAAAUUUAUUCCAUAAAAAAAAAACGUUUAUUUCAAUUUAAAGACGAGAUUCCGAAACACGGAACGAAAAAAAUAUUAAUAACGCCUUAAUUCUUUGCUAAACAUAAAGUAACAAGAAAAUGUAAUUUACUCGAUUAUUUUAGAGCAUAAGCGAAUGUUCGUUACCAUCAAAACUUAUUAAUUAAAUGAGCUUUUUGUGGAGCUUACGAUGAGGAAAAAAAAUAUUUUUGUGUAAAUUAAGCCUUUACUCAAUAAAACAGAGACAAAACAAAAUUUAUGAAUGAGAA